AUGGAGGACGGGGGGGUGAGCGUGGAGUAUCUGCUGGAGCAGGUGAUGCAGAAGGACCUGGGAAAGAGGCUCCAGGUGGGCCAGGAGAUCACAGAGCUCAUCGUGGACGAGGAGAAGUCCCCUGAGCUGGAGCAGGACCAGAGCAUGCUGGACAGGAUGGUGGACGCAGUGGCCAGCUCCUGGGUCAACUCCAGCAACUUCAAGGUGGUUUUGCUGGGGAUGGACAUUCUGUCGGCUCUGGUCAGCAGACUGCAGGAGAGGUUCAGGACGCAGGUUGGGACGGUUCUGCCGAGUCUGAUCGAUCGGUUAGGAGACGCCAAGGACCAAGUUCGAGACCAGGACCAAGCGCUGCUGCUGAAGGUCAUGGACCAGGCUGCCAACCCACAGUAUGUGUGGGAGCGAAUGAUGGGAGGCUUCAAGCACAAGAACAACAGGACCAGAGAAGGACUCUGCCUUUGUCUCAUCUCAACCCUGAACGUGUUUGGAUCUCAGAGUCUGACGCUCAGUAAAAUCGUCCCUCACAUCUGUAACCUCCUCGGAGAUCCCACGAGUCAGGUGCGUGAUGGAGCCAUGAACUGCCUCGUAGAGAUCUACCGCCACGUCGGAGAACGAGUGCGAAUGGACCUGGGAAAGAAGGGUCUGCCUCAGUCGCGGCUGAACGUCAUCUUCAGCAAAUUUGACGAAGUUCAAAGGUCAGGGAACAUGGUCCUGUCACCUGUGUCAGACAAAAACUUUGAGGACGAUGACUCUGUGGACGGCGGCCGCUCCUCGUCCUCGUCCAAAGGAGCCCCGUUGUCCGGUAGGAAGGCGGUGAGCAUGGGUUCAUUUCGGCGUCCCGCCUCCACCUCCGGCACCAAGACUGCAGGGAGGGAUGGGCCUGGUGCUGGAGCUGUGGAUGAGGAGGACUUCAUCCAGGCCUUUGAGGAUGUUCCCACCGUGCAGAUCUACUCUAACCGAGAGGUGGAGGAGGCCAUGACGAAGAUUCGAGACGUCCUGUCAGACGAUAAGAAGGACUGGGAGCUCAGAGUGGCAGCUCUGAAGAAGGUGCGCUCGCUGCUCCUGGCCGGCGCGGCCGAGUUCGAUGGGUUUCUGCAGCAGCUGCGGCUCAUGGAGGCGGCGUUCAAACUGUCCGCCAAGGACCUCCGCUCUCAGGUGGUGAGAGAGGCCUGCAUCACUCUGGGCCACCUGUCGUUGGUGCUCGGCAGUCGCUUCGACCACGCGGCGGAGGCCACCAUGCCGAUCCUCCUCAACCUGGUCCCCAACAGUGCCAAAGUCAUGGCCACCUCCGGCAUGGCCGUCAUCCGCCUCAUCCUCAGACACACACACAACCCUCGUCUCAUCCCCAUCAUCACCAGCAACUGUACCUCCAAAUCUGUGGCUGUCAGAAGACGCUGCUUUGAGUUCUUGGACCUGAUGCUGCAGGAAUGGCAGGCGAGCUCUCUGGAGAGACAUGGAACCGUUUUAAUGGAGACUAUAAAGAAAGGGAUCCAUGAUGCAGAUGCAGAGGCUCGCUCUGUGGCCAGAAACUGUUACUGGAGUUUCCACGGUCACUUCCGUCGGGAGGCGGAGCAGCUCUUCCAGGCCGUGGAGUCGUCCUAUCAGAAAGCUCUGCAGACCCACAUGAGGAGCGGAGACAGCCUGAUGUCGCUGCCCGCCUCGGACCGCUCCUCCUCGUCCUCCCAGGAGAGCCUCAAUCGACCGCCGCCUGGAAAAAACACCUUUGGAAGCAACACAACAAGAUCCAAAGCUGCCCCCACCAGGACGCCCGCUGCGGCCUCCUCUCCGGGCUCCCUCCAGCGUUCCCGCAGCGAUGUGGACGUCAACGCGGCGGCCACCGCCACUGCCCGCACCAGGAUGCCCGCCGUGUCCUCCGCGGUGUCAUCAUCGGCUUCGCCCUUCAGCUCGGCCUCGGCCCUUCCCCCCGGAUCCUACGCUUCACUGGACGGCUCGUGGUCUGUUAACGCAGACGGUCGAGUACGAACCAGGAGGACGAGUUCAGGGAACGGUCCGUCUGUGACAGACAGCCGGGGAAGAAGCCGAGGGAAAGUCGUCUCUCAGUCUCAACCCGGCAGCAGGUCCGGUUCUCCCGGCCGACUGCUGAGCUCCACCUACGGCAGGAUCCCGAGGCCGAACAUGGGCACCGCCGCUGCUGCCGCCGCCACCAACAGCACCUCCGCCAGCCUGACCGACAAGACCCGACCCCGAGGUCACCGCAGCCAGGGCUGUAGCCGAGAGACCAGCCCCACCAGAUCAGGCACGGCCCGCAGCCGAAUCCCCCGGCCGAGCAUGAGUCAGGGCUGCAGCCGCGAAACCAGUCGCGAGAGCAGCCGCGACACCAGCCCCGCCAGGGGUUUCUCCCCCCUGGCGACUCGUCGACACUCCCGCUCAACCAGCGCCCUGUCCUCCGCAGAGUGCUACUCAGACCGGCUGUCCCAUCAGGCUCGGAUCUCAGCCUCCGUCAACGCCAUGAGAAUCCUCAACACCGGCACCGACGUCGAGGCUGCCGUUGCUGACGCUCUGCUCUUAGGAGACUCGAGGAGUAAGCGGAGGCCGGUCAGGCGGCGUUUCGAGUCUCCGGGAAUGUACUCAGACGACGACGCCAACAGCGACGCCUCCAGCGCCUGCUCCGAGCGAUCGUACAGCUCGCGCAACGGCGGCAUGGCGCCACACUACCUGCGUCAGACGGAAGACGUGGCCGAGGUGCUGAACCACUGCGCCAGCGCCAACUGGUCUGAGAGGAAGGAGGGACUGCUGGGACUGCAGAACCUGCUCAAGAGCCAGAGGAUGCUCAGUCGUGUGGAGCUGAAGAGGCUUUGUGAGAUCUUCACCAGGAUGUUUGCAGACCCUCACAGCAAGGUGUUCAGCAUGUUCCUGGAGACUCUGGUGGACUUCAUCACGCUGCACAGGGACGACCUGCAGGACUGGCUCUUCGUCCUGCUCACUCAGCUGCUGAAGAAGAUGGGGGCCGACCUGCUGGGCUCCGUCCAGGCCAAAGUCCAGAAGGCCCUAGACGUUACCAGAGAGUCCUUCCCGUACGAGCAGCAGUUCAACAUCCUGAUGCGUUUCAUCGUGGAUCAGACGCAGACGCCCAACCUGAAGGUGAAGGUGGCCAUCCUGCGCUACAUCGAGGCAUUGGCCCGCCAGAUGGACCCAGCAGACUUCGUCAACUCCAGCGAGACGCGCCUCGCCGUCUCACGCAUCAUCACCUGGACCACCGAGCCAAAGAGCUCCGACGUCCGAAAGACCCUUCAUAACUGGGCAGGGGAGGAUUUCUCAGGCCGACCCAGCACCGUGGCCUCUCUGCCUGGAGAGGGCAACCUGGAGGAGAGGUGCAAGCAGGCGGCCCAGGUGGUGCUGAUCGCCCUGUUUGAGCUGAACACGCCCGAGUUCACCAUGCUGCUGGGAGCUCUGCCCAAAACCUUCCAGGACGGGACCACCAAGCUGCUGCACAACCACCUGAGGAACGCCAGCGCCAACAGUGGCAUCGGCAUGGCGUCUCCCAGUAGCACAGCGGGUCGGACGCCUCCUCGGCAGCCUGGCAGCCGCAGCAGCCCACUGACCUCCCCCACCAACUGCUCCCACGGGGGGCUUUCUCCCAGCCGGCUGUGGGGUUGGAGCGCAGACGGGCUCUCCAAGUUCCCUCCUCCACCCUUCCCCUCCCCUCUUCCUCCACCCGCUGCGCACUCCUCCCUCAAGGCAGUGCGGCGAGCUUACUCACCCAGCAUGCUUGAGUACGACAGCGAGAACCUGAACUCGGAGGAGAUCUACAGCUCUCUCCGGGGGGUCACUGAGGCCAUCCAGAACUUCAGCUUCCGCAGCCAGGAAGACUCGAUGGAGCCGCUGAGACGAGAUGGCAAGAGGGACGGCAUGUCCGGAGUCGGGGCGUCAUCUGACGGCGACGUGGUGGGAGGACGCACAGCCUUGGACAACAAGACCUCGCUGCUGAACACGCCUUCGCCGCGCUCCUUCGCUGGCCCGCGCUUCCGAGACUACAACCCGUACAACUACACCGACAGCAUCAGCACGCUGGACAAAGCUGCCCUGAAGGAGGCGCUGUACGAGGACGCCGUGGAGCAGCUGCGAGACGGCGGCCGACAAGAAUGUGUCGAAAACAAGAUCAUGAACCCCAAAAGCUUCCCAGCAGGCCCCGCGGAGCAGCUGGAGCUGGUUGGGGGGCUGCUGAAGGAGCUUUCCCAGGGCCAGGCUGGGGAGCGGGGCCCCGAGGAGAGGCGGGGGACCCUGCUGGAGCUGCUGAAAGUGGCCCGAGAGGACAGCCUGGUGGUGUGGGAGGAACACUUUAAGACCAUGCUGCUGCUGCUGCUCGAGACGCUGGGAGACAAAGACCACACGAUCCGGGCGCUGGCCCUGCGAGUCCUGAAGGAGAUCCUGAGGAACCAGCCGGCCCGCUUCAAGAACUACGCCGAGCUUACCAUCAUGAAGACACUGGAGGCUCAUAAAGACUCGCACAAGGAGGUGGUGCGUGCGGCGGAGGAGGCGGCAUCCACGCUGGCGGGCUCCAUCCACCCGGAGCAGUGCAUCAAGGUCCUCUGUCCCAUCGUGCAGACGGCGGACUACCCCAUCAACCUGGCCGCCAUCAAGAUGCAGACGAGGUCCAUCGAACGCAUCUCCAAGGAGCCGCUCCAUCAGCUGCUGUCGGACAUCAUACCCGGACUCCUGCAGGGCUACGACAACACAGAGAGCAGCGUGAGGAAGGCCAGCGUCUUCUGCCUGGUGGCCAUCUACUCUGUGAUCGGAGAGGAGCUGAAGCCCUACCUGGCUCAGCUGACCGGCAGCAAGAUGAAGCUGCUCAACCUGUACAUCAAGAGGGCCCAGACCUCCACCAGCAACAGCAGCAGCUCCUCCGACAUCUCCUCCUACUAACUCCCUCCGCACACGCGUAGCUUUCGUCCUCUCCGUACCACAGAAACCAUUUUCAUUCCACCAGCUGUCAUCACGACCAGGAUCAUCUCGAUGUUCUUUGCAGGACCAGGCCAAGAACCUCAUCUUCCCAACCAGCUCCUGUUGUCAAAAUGAUUCAUUCCUUCAGCCGCUGAUGGAUCUUGAGGCGCUCAUGCUGUCGUGGCUCCAGUUUCCGGGCCUUCAUCUUAAAAGCUUAGCACAUUUCUGGGAGGUCAGGUGAUCCUGGCAGCUAAGACGUUCCAUAAAGAACCGCCAUGUUCUUCAUCCACUUUCACACUAGAGUCAUGAGCCUUAAAACUUUUAUCUUCCACCGGCGAACGAUGGAAACGAGUGAUAGUAGAAAGCGUUUUUUAGAGGCUGCGUGCCUACUUUGUCCUCACUUCGCCAUCUAGACCAUCUUCUUUCAUCGACCGUAGCUGAGGUGAUCCUGGUAAAUAAAUUAGUUAUCCUGGCAUCAAGGCCGUCUUCUUAAACUGAAACACCUGAGGUGAGUUAUCGUGGAAGAAAAAGAAGAAGGGUUUUUGCGAUGUAACUUCCUUCCUCUCGGUGCAGGAGGAAACCUGUGGCUAUCAGUAUUUUUAUUCAUUUUUAGUAAUCCACUUCUUUGAACAAUGUUUUGCUUUGACACAUCAAACCUUAUUGUAUAUUGAAUGUAAAGAGCUUUGACAGGGUGUGGAUCUCACCUGCGUUCCUCCCUCCUGAACUACUGCCUCAUUGUACCUGUCGGAUCAAUCUUAAAGGCGUUUGAACAUGUGCAUUUGAUGAAUUUUGAGCCGUACUGAGCAGUUAAAGAAAGUGGCGCUAUAGUCUUUAAAAGGCUGAAUUUAAGGGUCCAUCUGAAGACGAAUAUGUCAAAAAUAAUGAGCUUUGAUUUAGAAGUUUGAGUGCAACAGCAGCACUUUCUUUCUUUUCUGCUGUUGCACUCAUUAAUUGAUAGUAAUAUGUGUUGGCUUUGAAAAAAAUGUGAAAUCCAAGUUCAUCUUAGUUUACAAUGAAGGAUCAUUUGGCUGGCCAAUGAUUUAAAGCACUACCGUGAUGGAAAACAACGUUGUUGUGGGCCCAACUACCAGCAGAAGAUACCAGUGUUGAUAUUUAAAUGUGCAGAAAUCAUUUUUACGGUGUGAAGAAGAGAAGAACUUAUUUUUUCCUGUGUAACACUUAUCAGUUCCCAUUUAAAAAAUCUAUAAUAGAUAAAACACUUUAUAAAAUCUUACUUCCUGUUUGUCAGAUCAAUAUAAAAUAGAGAUUUUGAUUAUUUUUUUCUACCUGGAUUGAAAGAAAUUAAACGACGAGGGUUCGACUGAUAUUUAAACUAUUCAUAUUAUUCAUCCUCGCUGGUCAACUUUUUUAAAGUAUAUUACAAUCAGUCAUUAAAUGGCUUAAUUUCCAAACAACCAGGGCAUUUGCUGGAUCAAUAAAUUAGUAUUAUGUCCGUAAUGUUGCUGGAAAUCGUUUCAAAACACGUGAUUCACACCCACCGGAUGUUUUUUUAUGUACGUUACACUCAAAAGUUGCAGUUUAAAUGUAUUUAAUUAAAUCAUGGAACAUAUGAUUAAAUGGCUUUCUUUCAGGGUUAAUCAAUUAUGUUGGACAUAAAAUGUCAGACGAUCCCCUGAAGCCCACGUUUUGUUUUAUUUGCUCUGCUCUGUCAAAACCUCAAAGAUGUUGACUUUUCUAUCAGAAAACUACAAGAGCUAGCAGAUUAAAAGUGUACUUCUGAAAGAAAACAUUAACGCUGAGCCCUGAUCGCAAUAUUCGUCCGAGAAAUAUAUAUAUAUUGUCCUAUAUAGCUGGCUUUUAUCCAUAUAGUGAUAGAAUUUGACUGGUAUUGUCACUGUCAUGCAGUUUUAGCAGUAAGAGAGGUGUUGUCUUAUAAUGGGACCAAACACAUUCACACAAUCUUUGGCUGUUAAAACUCAUAAAUAAGCCUUUUUUUGUACAGACUAGAUUUUGUAGUAAUGUAAAGUUAGAUGAAUACAUUUUAAAAGACAAAAAAGGUAGAAAAAGUUCAAAAUCUUUAAUUUACAUUUAUGUGACGAACAUUGAUUACAAUGUUGAAUUAAAUUCACUUUCUUUUUCUAUUAUUGAUUUUUUUUUUAAAUGGGAAAUUAAAGUAGUUAAAAGUGUGUCAUGGACCUAAUUUGUCAUCUAUAUAUGUUUAAAGGACUGAAAGUACACAAAAUAACAAUAUAAUGAUUUUAGAAACAUAAAACCACUGAAGGACAGAGGUGAUAUUUGUCCUUUAGAGGGGUGUGAAACUGAAGGACCAGUUCUGUUUAAACUGGGAGCUUAUUGGUUUUGAUGUCUGCUGUCUUACAGGCUUGGGAAUCCACAAGCUGCCAAGUCAAGACUACUGUGAUUUGUUGAGUUUCAUUCCAAAAUGUUUUAAUAUAUACGUUAUAUUACACUAAAAAAGUAACCUAAAGGUCAAGAUUGAGGUCAAAUGUAUCAAAGUUAGUGUCAGUAUUUUAAUUUAUGGCAGUUUUUUUGGCAGUGAACUGAUGAUCAGUGGUUUAUUUUUCAGUUAUGCUGAUGAUGACAAACUGUUCACUAUGUAUUCUUGUUUUAAAGAGACGGUUUUGGGAAGAAACUCAUCUGUAUCAGUUGUUCCUAAAUUGAAUGUAAGUCACUUUUUAGACUUCGACCUUUAAAAUGUGAAAUGUUUUAGCAAAAAAAGAAAGAGGAAAAAAAAAAGGCCUAAAUCUGACAGAAAGAUUGACAAUCUGAACGAAUCAGAUGCUACUAAAAGCAAGCGACAAUGCUAAUUGAUGAAUCGUAAAGUGCCAGCGUUAUGAAAGUCCCGAAACAUGAAAUGAAAAUGAAGAAAGUAUGAAAGAGAGUGUUUGAUCUUUGGACAUUAGCAAUAAACUCUUGAGAAAUCCAGCUCGGAUUUUCACGUCAAAGCACUGUAAAUUUUCAUUGUGUUCCUCCUUUGAGACGCUCUCGCUGGUCAAUGUACAGAAGUCUUUUUUUUUUUUUUUUUUAAAGUAUAUUACAAUAAAAUAUUACUGCUGCUUAUUAUAAUACUAACAAACACGCCUAAUAACUCCAGCAUAUGUACUGUAUCUCCACAGAAAGGUUUGGGUACAGCUAUGAUGAUUUAGAACAAAACUUACUGACUGACUUUAAUUUUUAAAUCCCCCGACCGGUUGAACGUUCCUGGUGCUAAACUCCGCCCGUCUGGCGCACAAGGCAAGUUCAAACAAACGCUACAGAGGAGGUUUAAGUCCCGUUGAAGGUUGACAUUUUGGGAAAUACUCUACUGUGCUUUCUUGCCGAGUGUUAGGUGAAAAGAUUGAUACCACCUUGAUUCAUCACAAAAUGUGUGAUAAAGGAUGACAACUUAAAUUUAGAUUUAAAGGUUAUAUAUAUAUAUACGAAAUUCACUAGAGCGACAUCUUAGACCAAAACAAUGUGACAAGAAGUCACCAAAACCGUCUUUGUUAGUCUUUCCAACAAUCACUAAAGCUGAUAAAGUCAAAAUAAAUCCUUAAUUUAUCAGAAACCUCACCAGACUCCAUAGACAAAAAUGCUAAUUCUACCUCUCAAAUCAUCGUAACAUCAUUCCAAUAGGACAGAAACCAAAUAAAACUCACCAAAAGCGAAAUAAACAGAGCGCUAAGCGGCUGCUGGCGUUAUUAAGUGGUAUCAAUCUGAACAUCCGACUCUCCUGUAAGUUAAUAAAUUGAAGUCAUUCUUUAAUGUGAGCCCAGAAAGUGGAGGAUGCUGUUACUGAAGGCCUUAUUUUAUCUCUUCAGACACUCUGUUGGACUGUUAAAUGUACUGUACCAGUGCCCGUUGUCACUCUUCUCUCUCAGUUGGGAGAAUUUGACAAUUUAAUCAGCUUAUUUUUGGUUUAGUUUUUAACAUUCUGGACUGAAUGUUUCCUCCAGAACCAGUGAAGUGUGAUCCAGUGUUAGCCUGCUGCGCUUCAUGUCCCUUUACUUCUGUACAGCGUGUAAAACCUCUAAACUACGUCCGCAUGCGCACUCCACAGCAACCGUGGGAUGUUUUUAUCCGCCUGCGUUGCCGUCAGAUUAAAUGUAUUUGAGUAAAAGCAGCAACCACUAACGGACAUUUCAAAGCAUUGAUUUUAAUGAAUGUGUGCCUUUUGGGUGAAGACUUCUGGCCUGGUUGUCCCGUACGAUACUAACCCGUACUAACACUACACAACGCUGCUUCUUAAGGUGGACUGACAUGAUAACGUGAGAGCAAUGAAGAGAUGCAGUGCUGUAAAUAAGCUUCAGUCACGAUGCAUGGCUCCCGUUUUUAGUUUUAUUUUCCUGUGUAUGACUGUAUAUAUUUACAUGUUUGGUUCUCUUUCACCUGUGAUAGACUUUGCAGAACUUGAAAUAAACUAUCAGACUUC